GAAAAUAAAAUCGGAAGUUGAAAUUGAGAGUGACCCCUGACUGGGUUUUAUUUACGUAACAUUUUCACUAGACUAGUAAACUAGACAUAAAAGAUCUAGAUCUAGUAGUUCUAAUCUAGUCUAGUCUAGAUAAGAUAUUUUUCUGCAGGAGUCUCAGAAAACUAAUCGAACUUGCCUUAUAUCGUCUGUCAGAUAUAGAUCUGCUAAAAUCACCAAAAAAUGGCUUCUCUUACUGCAAAACUUUUCAGUCAUUAUGCUGUCAAGGGGCAAUUUUGCCAAGCUGCAAACAGAUUUCUAACAUUACGUUGUUCACAAAGAAACACUUGUAUGAAAGUUAAGGACUGCUUGGCACCUCGCCAUUUUACAACAGGAAUACAGCUGCAGUAUGCUGCUCAAGUGCAGCAGCCUGCACCAGAUUUCAGUGGGCAAGCAGUUGUUGAUGGCCAGUUUAAGGAACUUAAACUGUCUGACUUCAAAGGAAAGUACCUGGUUCUUUUCUUCUAUCCUUUAGACUUUACAUUUGUGUGCCCAACAGAAAUCAUUGCCUUCAGUGACAACAUUGACAAGUUUAAGCAGCUGGACACUGCAGUGGUGGGCGUGUCCACAGACUCACACUUCAGCCAUUUGGCCUGGAUCAACACUCCUAGAAAGCAAGGAGGUCUGGGUGGCCUGAAGUAUCCUCUGUUGGCUGAUUUCAGUAAAAACAUAGCCAGAGAGUAUGGUGUUCUUAUUGAGAAUUCUGGAGUAGCCCUCAGAGGUUUGUUCAUUAUUGACCCAAAGGGAAUAGUACGGCAAAUUACCAUCAACGACUUACCAGUUGGGCGCUCAGUGGAUGAAACUGUAAGGCUGGUUCAAGCCUUCCAGUACACUGACAAGCAUGGAGAAGUUUGUCCUGCCAACUGGAAGCCAAACUCAGACACCAUCAUCCCAACCCCUGAAGGCUCCAAAGAGUACUUCAAGAAAAGCUAAACCUUCUCUCAGCUCCUCUCACUUCUGUUGUUGUCAAGGAAUUUUGAAUUAUUUUUAAUGUAAAUGUCAAGGAAUUUUGAAUUAUUUUUAAUGUAAAUGUCAAGGAAUUUUGAAUUAUUUUUUGCUGUAAAUGUCAAGGAAUUUUGAAUUAUUUUUUACUGUAAAUGUCAAGGAAUUUUGAAUUAUUUUCUAUUGUAAAAGUUGUCAAGGAAUUCAGACUUAUCUUUUUACUAUAAAUGAACAUCCGUCACGAUUUAUACAUUUAAGCAGGCUCGAUUGUUAUAAUCAAAGCGAUUGUCACACCAGAUAUAGAAUACAUUGUUUAUGUCAAGUAGCA